AUGUCAGACAGAUCUCUGCUGGUCGCUGUCACAGCUCAGCCUGGACCACCCUCACCCUCUGUCAAAGCCUCAGGUAAAACACAGCUCCAGCCUGGACCUCACCCUCACCCUCUGUCAAAGCCUCAGGUAAACACACAGCUCAGCCUGGACCUCACCCUGUCAAAGCCUCAGGUAAACACACAGCUCAGCCUGGACCACCCUCACCCUCUGUUAAAGCCUCAGGUAAACACACAGCUCAGCCUGGACCUCACCCUCACCCUGUCAAAGCCUCAGGUAAACACACAGCUCAGCCUGGACCACACCCUCCCCACCCCUGUCAAAGCCUCAGGUAAACACACAGCUCAGCCUGGACCUCACCCUCUGUCAAAGCCUCAGGUAAACACACAGCUCAGCCUGGACCACACCCUCUGUCAAAGCCUCAGGUGCCUCAGCCCAACCUGCAGCUGGAGUCUACCCCUCCCCAGUACAACGCUCCUGAGAAAGACUGCAGCCCUGGCGUCCUCAACACCCCGCCUCCGGGUGCUCUACCACUUCUCUGACCUCAUGUACAAGUCCUGGAGGCUACUCAACCUCCACCCCAGGAGACAGGUGUCUUCAUCUCGCUACAGCUCAGGGACAGCGGCCAUCGUCCAGGGCCAGCUGAGAGGCCUCCUGUCCCCCAAGGUCAACACCCUACCCCUGGUCAGAUCAAUAGGGAGGACCAUGACCCAGGGCAAGACCUAUGGACCCCAGAUCACUGUCAAGAGGAUCUCAACCAGGGGGCGCUCCAGCAAGCCCAUCUUUGUGCAGAUCGCCAAGCAGGUGGUCUCUCUGAACCCCCUGGAGCUGAGGCUGCCCUCCAGGGCCUGGAAGGUCAAGCUGGUGGGGGAGGGGGCUGACGACGCAGGGGGCGUGUUUGAUGAUACCAUCACGGAGAUGUGUCAGGAGUUGCAGUCUGGUGUGGUUGAUCUGCUCAUUCACACCCCCAACAGCUCUACUGACGUGGGAAGUAACACCGACAGGUUCCUGCUGAACCCAGCGGCAGUCUCUGAAGACCACAUGGUCCAGUUCCGUUUCCUAGGCAUCCUGAUGGCGGUGGCCAUCCGUACCAAGAAGCCCCUGGACCUGCACCUGGCCCCCUGGGUUUGGAAGCAGCUGUGUUGUAUUCCCCUGGGUGGGCCGGACCUGGAGGAGGUGGACCUGCUUACCUACCGCUCCCUGCACGGCAUCCGGCACCUGGACAACAGCGGCAUCACAGAGGACAACUUCCACGUGAUGAUUCCCCUGGACUCGUUCAUGGCCCACAGUGCAGAUGGGAAGCUGGUGCCGGUGGUCCCUGGGGGACACAACAUCUCUCACCUUCUCCAACAAGAGUGACUACGUAGAGAGGACUCUGGACUACCGUCUGCACGAGAUGGACAGACAGGUAGCAGCGGUGAGAGAGGGGAUGUCCUCCAUCAUCCCGGUGCCUCUCCUCUCCCUUCUCACGGCGCGCCAGCUAGAACAGCUGGUCUGCGGUCUGCCCGAGGUCUCCGUGGAGAUGCUCAAGAAAGUAGUCCGAUACCGCGACAUCACAGACAGUCACCAGCUGAUUGGCUGGCUGUGGCAGAGUCUGGAGGAGUUUGCCAAUGAGGAGCGGGUUCUAUUCCUGCGCUUCGUGUCCGGAAGGUCCAGACUGCCCUCCAACCCCGCUGACAUCACUCAGAAGUUCCAGAUCAUCAAGGUUGACAGGGUAAGUACUCAGUUUUUAUUUCAGUUUGAGUGACAUUAAUCCCUAGCCUGGUCCCAGAUCCAGGGGUGCUGUCUCGCCAAUGACCAUAAGAGUUGGCAAGAUGAUACGAACAGAUCUGGGACCAGGCUAAUUAAUCAAGCUAGUUGUGUUGUAUAUAAAACAUACAAUAUUUGGGUCAUCUGUGUACUCCACUCUCAGCAGUUUUUUCACUACUUAAUAAAAGGUCAAAAAUAACCCUCAUUCCCUGUGAACCCCUCUUCCCUCUUCUCCUUCACUGUGAACCCCUCUUCUCCUUCACUGUGAACCCCUCUUCUCCUUCACUGUGAACCCCUCUUCUCCUUCACUGUGAACCCCUCUUCUCCUUCACUGUGAACCCCUCUUCUCCUUCCCUGUGAACCCCUCUCCUCCUUCCCUGUGAACCCCUCUUCUCCUUCACUGUGAACCCCUCUUCUCCUUCACUGUGAACCCCUCUUCUCCUUCCCUGUGAACCCCUCUCCUCCUUCCCU